AUGUUCGGUGCAGUGUUCAACACAAUCCACUACCUGCGUCGUGCUGCGCAUGAGCGCCCUGUGAUUUUCUUCGCGCUGAUUGUUGGCGCUUUCGGCCCUGUGGCUGUCCUCACCGUCCCCGGCCUCCGUGCUCAGCAGGGAUGGAAGCCUGCGGAGCGUGUUCCUAUCUCGUAUCCCUUGCCUGACAGGCAACGAUCGCCCGUGUCGGGCUACGACGACGAGUAA